AUGCCCUCCAGUGCAAGUAUGCGACUCAUAGCACUCCCUCUCACAAAACAAGUAGGAAAUCUAACUCCACUCAUAUACUACUACCCACAUACACAACACACAACUCAAUCUUCAUCCACCACAGGUACACAAGGAGGACUCACAGCACGCGCAAGAGCACUCUUUCAUCGUGCACUGGGGACAGCGACAACCACUUGGGUAGGGUUUGGACGUGCAGAACCAAGGAGUUGGAAGUACAGGCUGUAUUCUGCCGGUCAGUCAAUACACCGCAGGAUAGACUUCGAAGAGCUCGCUUUGAGCAGUCUUGAGCCUGCUCUCGGGCCCAGCUUGGGCAGGGAUAGGAGAGGAGAAAGGGAGGAAGCGCUACGUGCUGCUCGAGCGAGAGGAGAAGCGCGGACCAUCUCGUUGCUGUACCCCUCCUUCCUCCCUUCCCCGACCGAACAUCUCCGAUCUCUCGUCUCCCACCGCGCACCAGUACAUAGACGAUGGACGUUCAUCUACCUCAUCUUCCUUCCCAUCACAGCACCCUUCGCACUCGUCCCUGUCAUACCUAACAUCCCCUUCUUCUACUGUGCUUGGCGCGCCUGGGGUCAUUAUCGCUCGUGGCGCGCUGCAAGCUAUUUGGAGGAACUUGUACGCGCACAUAUGGUCGUGGAGACCCCGUCGCCGUUGUUGGAUAAGCUCUAUGCGGGGUUCCCCUCUCCUCCUGCUUCCUCUUCCUCUCUCUCGCCCGCUCCAACAGCUCUAAUAGCUUCGACCUCUCCCUCCCCUGCAUCAGAAACCCAUUCCCCCAAACACCCCCCUAAACCCUCCUCCAAAGAGACAGACCCAGACCCGAUAGCACCCUACCUCCUCCUUACAGAACCGGACGUCCUUAGCUUGCUCAAGGCGUUUAGCUUACCUGAAGAGGGGAGGGUAGAGCUGGGGAUCGCACUGGCGCAGGCUAGGGCUAGGGUUGGGGAGGAGCUGAGGGGCGGGAAGAAAGAGGAGGGGAAAAAAGAACGGUAG